GUUGCACUGCGGUAAUAUGGCUCUUCCUUAGCCAGCGGCGGCGGCCAGCGGGGAGCUAGAACAGCCCUGCCUCUCGGGUGGCGGGUUUCUAGGCUGCAGGGGCGCGACAGAUCGUGGCUAGGAGGUGGCGGCGGAUGCCGGAGGAGCGCCUGCCUCGCCGCUUGGCGGCCCCCGAGUCGAGAUGAGCGCCUCGGCGUUGGUCGGAGGCCCGGUCCCCCCGCCGCCCCCGGGCCCGGCCGCCGCGCUGCCGCCCGGUUCCGCCGCGCGGGCCCUGCAUGUGGAGCUGCCGUCUCAGCAGCGGCGUCUUCGACAUCUUCGGAACAUCGCUGCUCGGAACAUUGUUAAUAGAAACGGCCAUCAGCUCCUUGAUACCUACUUUACACUUCACUUGUGUAAUACUGAAAAGAUAUAUAAAGAAUUUUAUAGAAGUGAAGUGAUUAAGAAUUCCUUGAAUCCAACGUGGCGGAGUCUAGAUUUUGGAAUAAUGCCAGACCGUCUCGACACAUCUGUGUCUUGCUUUGUGGUGAAGAUAUGGGGUGGAAAAGAAGAUGUCUACCAGCUGUUGAUUGAGUGGAAAGUCUGCCUGGAUGGGCUGAAAUACUUGGGCCAGCAGAUUCAUGCCCGCAACCAAAAUGAAAUAAUUUUUGGGCUGAAUGAUGGCUACUAUGGUGCUCCAUUUGAACAUAAGGGUCACUCAAGUGCUCAGAAGAGUAACCUUCAGGUGGAUCAGAACUGCGUUCGCAAUUCUUACGACGUCUUCUCUUUGCUACGGCUUCAUAGAGCCCAGUGUGCAAUUAAACAGACUCAGGUAACUGUUCAGAAAAUUGGAAAGGAGAUUGAAGAAAAACUAAGACUCACCUCUACAAGCAAUGGGCUGAAAAAAGAAAGUGAAUGUCUGCAAUUAAAAAUUUUGGUGCUUCAAAAUGAACUGGAAAGACAGAAGAAAGCUUUGGGACGGGAGGUGGCAUUGCUGCAUAAGAAACAAAUUGCAUUGCAGGACAAAGGAAGUGCAUUUUCAACUGAGCACCUCAAGCUUCAACUCCAGAAGGAAUCCCUAAAUGAGCUGACCAAGGAGUGUACUGCAAAAAGAGAACUCUUCCUGAAGACAAAUGCUCAGUUGACAAUUCGUUGCAGGCAGUUACUCUCUGAGCUUUCCUACAUUUACCCAAUUGAUUUGAAUGAGCAUAAGGAUUACUUUGUAUGUGGUGUCAAGUUGCCGAAUUCUGAGGACUUCCAAGCAAAAGAUGAUGGAAGCAUUGCUGUUGCCCUUGGUUACACUGCACAUUUGGUCUCCAUGAUUUCCUUUUUCCUACAAGUGCCCCUCAGAUAUCCCAUAAUUCAUAAGGGAUCUAGAUCAACAAUCAAAGAUAAUAUCAAUGACAAGCUGACUGAAAAGGAAAGAGAGUUCCCACUAUAUCCAAAAGGAGGGGAGAAGUUACAAUUUGAUUAUGGUGUCUAUCUUCUGAACAAAAAUAUAGCACAGGAAGUCUUGGACUGCAGCUCACUUUCAAGAAAGGUUCAUGAGAGUUGAUGGAAGUUCCUCAAGCCAGGUGUAGUCCCGUGUGUCACCAGAUGGGCUUUCCUUGACCACUGCUGUACACGGUCAUCGACUGGGAAGGCAUGGAUGCGGUGAGCACCCAGAGAGGUAAUAGCUGAGCCCAUUUCAGCCAGUUUUGAUCCCUGUGUCAGGAGAUUUGGGUGGCACAUCUCACGGCUUUCAGACUCUUAGCAUGACUAGAUAAGUAUCCAGGCACCUCACUGAAACUCUGUUCGGAAUGGUCACACGACCAACUCAGGCUCAUAAACAUUCAGUAAAAUAUACAUCAAUAAAAAUAGUAAACAAAAGAUAUGGAACAUAGUUAUAAUAAAUGUUAGCUUUCUUCCUGUACCCCCUUCUCCUAGCCUGUGGUUAGUUUUAAAUAGUCUGUCUCAUCUCUUUUUUUCUCUAACAAACAUCAAAUUGUGCUGAGUUUGGGAACAUCAGUGCUGCUCCAGUGUGGUUCUCAAGCCAGCAGGCAGCAUGCAGUCCACAGAGCUGUAUGUUUUCAGUCUGCAAUAAGGUAAUGAACUUGUGCUGAGUGCAGGUUGGCCAUGUCACCAAUAUGCCACUCUGUCCAGAUGUACUCUUUUCUUUUGCAUCAAGACAUUCUUGGUGAAGGAAGUGGUGCAUUUGUUUAUAUUCUGCCACAAACUCCUCAUCGGUUGUUGACUGGCACUUUGAAUAGCAUUGUGGUUUAGGCAAAUGUAAAAAGUAGAAUGUGAAAUCCUUUUUUGAGUCAGAUUUUCUUCUCUACCACAAGCAAGGCUUUGUCAUGUGUACUUCUGGUUGUCGGCCGCAGGGAAACCACUCCAAGCUGCAAGUUCCUUAUGUCCGUGGCAGGCACUGGCAGCGUUAGUCAGCAUUUGCCAACAGCGAGGCUUGUGAUCAGAUACCUAAGUAGUCAGAUAUAUCACUGUCAUAUUUCCAGGUCCUUUUCCAUGCAUGCAUCCCCUUUGCAGCUCAUUUGUCAGCAGAUAUUUCUUGAGCCCUUCCUACGUGCCAGAUCUGUGCUGUGUGCCUGCUGAUGCCCAGUGCCUGGUACCUUCUGUAACCUUGAGCCCUUAAACUGCGGUGCCCCACUAGCAUCCACACUCCUUCCCAGGUCCAGAGUGCUCCAAGGCCCAUCCCCCAGGAAGCACACAGAUAGCUAAUUAAAAGGAAAAUAAUGUGAUUGAAGUAGUAAAGCUGACUUCCCUUCUACUUACAUGUUUGUGAUUUAAAAUCAGGGCCAGUUACUGACACAGGCAUGUUUUUGAACUGUGGAUGCCCUCGCCUAAUCCAUGAGCUUUGCUCUUUGUUGAGUUGUUUUCACCCUAUAUUGGAGAAGUGCUUGUCAUCACACUUCUAUAAAGCUGCCACCUCCUGCCCUAAAGUGGAUGUCGGAUUUUCCCACAGCAUUUUACUUUGAUAACUUUCUCUCAUGGAAUAAACUUGGUCAGGGACACGUGAAACCGGGAAACCAAUCUGGUCUAUUGUAUGUUUAAGGAUUUAAAUUAUUGGCUAUAUCUUGUUUUUAAUUGUAGAUGUCCUUUUAUACUUGAAGCUAAUUAGAUAGAGAUUUGGUGCAUUUUUUUCCUGUGUUUUCCCAGAUCUUUGAUGGUUAACAUGAUAUCUAGUUUUGCUUUGAUACUUUUCAAGACUAACAUGCAUGUUGCAUAAAAUUAAAGCACCCGAGAGUCACUUACCAAGGUCAUAAGUGAUUUAAUAUGAAAGAUCAUAUUUUAUUUUAUUUUUUUAUUUAUUUUUUUUUUUUGACAGGCAGAGUGGACAGUGAGAGAGAGAGACAGAGAGAGAAAGGUCUUCCUUUUGCCGUUGGUUCACCCUCCAAUGGCCGCCGCUGCAGCCGGCGCACCGCGCUGAUCCUGGCAGGAGCCAGGAGCCAGGUGCUUUUCCUGGUCUCCCAUGGGGUGCAGGGCCCAAGCACCUGGGCCAUCCUCCACUGCACUCCCUGGCCACAGCAGAGAGCUGGCCUGGAAGAGGGGCAACCGGGACAGAAUCCGGCGCCCCGACCGGGACUAGAACCCGGUGUGCCGGCGCCGCAAGGUGGAGGAUUAGCCUAUUGAGCCACGGCGCCGGCUCGAAAGAUCAUAUUUUAUUAUAACCCUAAGAGACUUAACAAAAUCUAGGUAAACAAAUUGCUAGUUUAGAAAUGAUGUGAACUUAGUUUUCCCAGAACACAUCCACACACACAAACCCACCAAAUUGUGUAUAUAUGGCAACAGGCAUUAUUUCGUUGAUCCCCAAGGUUGUGAAUCCAGCAGCGGCUAUUAUAACAUGCUUUGUUUUCAUUAUUGCAAUGCUUAGUCAGUCAUCUGAAUUCUAGCCAUUGCUGUUUAUGGCAAGAAAUAGCUUCCCAGCUGAGGCAGCACAGCCAGUCAUACCUUUUUAUUGAUGUAAUUUGACUUAUUUUGGUUCUUUUUCCUAGUGUCUAACAUUUUGUGAAGCCCUAACAUAAAUUAUUGGCUUGUAUAACCCACUGCAUCAGCUUCACUCAGAGAUUUGCUGCCUGUGCAGUUCCUGAAUUUUCAAGUGUGAGAGAUUUAUUUUUCCUUCGUGAGUCCUAAUGUUUCUACACGUGCUCACACACACACAUGUUGAGGACGUGUGUGAGUACAUAGGAAUGCCAGUGAGAAAGUUAAACAUAUCCUUAGUUAAUUCUCACACGAGAUUCUGGAGAAAUACUUACACUUAUAGAUACUGCUCGUCGUGUUCUCAGAUUGACCUGAUCAUAAGCAGUGCGGUAGUGUUUUUAAAUUUUGUCCUCUUUGGGUUUCUUUUCUUAGUAAUUCUGACUAAUCGGGACUUUGCACACUUCAUCUCCUGGGUGAAUAUUUAUUGUGUACAUAGCUGGCAAAUCAGUAUUCCAUAAACCAAUGUAAAUGGCAAAAAAAGCUACAGAUAAUAAUCGUAAUUAUUGUGUAUCAGACAACAUGUUUUAGCCCUCAUAGCAACCUGUAAUAUAGAUGGAAUUGUAUUAUCUUACUUGAUCUUAUUCCUUAGGUAGACAGAACAAGCUAUUCAGCAUUUAUUUAUUUAUUUUUAAGGAUUUAUUUAUUUAUUUGAAAGAGUUACACAGAGAGAGGAGAGGCAGAGAGAGAGAGAGAGAGAGAGGUCUUCCAUCUGCUGGUUCACUCCCCAGCUGACCGCAACAGCCGGAGCUGCACUGAUCUGAAGCCAGGAGCCAGGAGCCAGGAGCCUCCUCCGGGUCUCCCACUCGAGUGCAGGGGCCCAAGGACCUGGGCCAUCCUCCACUACUAUCCCAGGCCAUAGCAGAGAGCUGGACCAGAAAUGGAGCAGCUGGGACCAGAACCAGCACCCAUAUGGGAUUCUGGCCCUUUAGGCCAGGGCAUUAACCCACUGCGCCACAGUGCAGGUCCAUUCUUCAUCAUUUAACUUUAUUAUUUAUUUGACAAGCAGAGAGACAGAGCUCCCAUCUACUGGCUCACUCCCCAGAGGCCCACCACAGCCAGGGCAGAACCAGGUCAAAGCUAGAGCCAGGAGCUCACUCCAGGCCUCCUAGCAAGGUGCCAGGAACUCAAUCACUUGAACCAUCACUGCCACUUUAGCAUUAGCAGGAAUCUGGUGCACCCUUUUCGGCAUUUAACAUGCCUAUAUUCUCUUACUUGCCUUGGUUUUAGUGCCAGAAUGUAUCCUUAUUUGUGCCCGAUAUUUCCCUCUCCAAAGAAUAACAUCUAAUGAAAGGGAAAGGGGUUAGUGCCUGGCUCAUGGAGUCGGGCAGGAAUCUGGGGAUAUUAAUUGUUUCGUAGAUUUUCCAGCUUUACUUCAAGAAGUGGCAUGGAGCCUUGGAGAGUCUUGAGGGGUAGCUGAGAUUGCCUUUGAGGUGAUAGCACAGGAUCCAGCUGUUUCCAGUCUGCGUAUUACCCCUGGCUGGCUGCUUUGCAGCCUGCGAAGUUGUGUUGCAAUUAGAUCUCCUGCUCUCUUGUUUCAUGUGAUUUUUAAAAAUCCCUUGAAGGUUCCACUUCUGGUAUUACUGUGUGGCUUCUAUCAGGUCAACCCUCUUACAGUAUAAAAAUUAUACAGUAUGGAUAAAAAUAGAAUAAAAACAAACUGCCGAAAGUCCUGGACAGUGACUGAAAGCAGAUAGCUAACAAGAGAAGAGGGAACUGCUUGGAGUGUCUUCUUUGUAGGGCGUUUUAGCCUGAGGGCAGGCCCAGACUGUACCAGAGCAGCUAAAAUUCUUAGAUACCCUUGUGGGUCUCCUGAAGAAACAAUAGAGUUCCGGGAAGUACAGCUGCUGGAAACGGAAGGGGGAAAUUCUGUAGAAGUGAGAACUAUAGAUGGGAGCUCCAAAUUCUGUGUAUUCCCUCUGCUCAGAUCUCUGACUGUUAGACCUGGCGUGCACAGUCUAGACCCUGAAAGCAACCCACCCUAGGGGAGAUGGUGCUUUGCAGUUCUGAGUCCAGCCAAGUUAACUGCCUCCUCAACAAAACUAAAGAAGCUCUCACAAUGUCUAGGAUAGAACCCAAAAUUGUUUGACACACAAAGAAACAGGAAAAUCUGAGCCAUUCUCAACAGAACUUAGCGAACACCAACCCCAAGAUGACCUAAAUGUUGGAGUUAGCUGGCAAGAACUUUAAAACUACUGUCAUAACCACAAUCAAAGAUAUAAAAGAAGUGUGCUUUUAGUAAAUGUUGAUGUAGGAAAUUUCAGCUGAGAAACAGGAACUACUAAAAAAAAAUACAAGAACUAAAAAGUGCAAUAUAUGAAAUAAAAAUAAGACCUCUGGAUGGGUUUUACAACAGAAGAGAAAUGACAAAAUAAGGUCUGUGAACUUGAGGGUGAAUCAAUAAAGAUAGUGCAAUCUAAAGCAAAAGAUUCAAAAGAAUAAAUGAUGAGAGUUCCAGAGGCUUGCUGGAAGAAAAGAGAACAUGAGAAUAGGAAACAAACUCUAAAAAGCCCAGGGACCUGUGGGACAAUACUCUCAUCAUUAACAUUCAUCUGCUUAGAAGAAGAGAGAAAGAAUGGGGCAGAAAACAAAUAUUUAAGAUAUAAUGGUCCAAAUUUUUCCAUAUUUGGUUCUGUAAAAGAAGAUUUAGAUGUGCAGAGUCACGGAGCUCAGCAAAGCCCGAGGAGGAUAAAUAUAACCCAUGCGUGCACCCUCACAGGCAAAUGGCUGAAAUCAGAAAGAGAAAAUCUCGGAAGCAGCCAGGGAAAGCAGCACAAUUCACAGAGGGGCACAGGCAUAUAAAUACUGCUGUCUUCUCAUUAGAGUAGAGGUGGGGACCCUUCCGCCCACAGGCACUGUAGGGCCCUUAGGUCCUUAGGUCGUCUGAUCUGCCCUGCCAACACAACCGCAGGUGGGAAUAGAAAUUCAAUAAAUCUAUAGGAGGCUAAUGUUUAAGGUGAUAAUUUUGUAUGGCCUGCAAAUGAUGCUAUAAAUAUACAAAUGGCCCUUGGCAGAAAGAAGGUUCCUAAUCCCUACAUUGACAGUGGAAGCAUGAAGAUCAGGAAGCACAUCAAUUUUUUUUUCUUGUUUUUUAAAGGCUUAUUUAUUUAAAAGGCAGGGUAACAGCGAGUAAGAGGCAGAGAAAGAAAGAAAUCUUCCAUCCACUAGUUCACUCCCCAAAUGGCCCCAAUAGCUGGGGCUGGACUAGGGGCCAGGCCAGAGGCAGGAGACCUAAACUCAGUCUGGGUCUCCCACAUGGGUGGCAGGGGCCCAAGUACUUGGGCCAUUCUCCACUGCCUGCCCAGAUGGCUAUGUGGAAGCUGAAUCUGAAGUGGAGCUGGGACUCAAACCAGCACCGAUGUAACCUGCUGCUUCUCAGUACACAGCUCUGAAACACAUUUCUAAAUGCUGAAGAAAAAGAGAAUUCCAUCACUGACAUCUUAUUGGAGUUUCAUGAGUUUGCAAAUGUAAAUAGGUGUGUUCAGUCUGCCAUCUUAACCCACAGGUCCCCAAAGUAACUCUUUAAAAGGAGGAAGAAGAUUUUUAAAAAGCAUUUUAAAGAAAACAGCAAACUUUAAAAUAGUCUUGGCUCUUGUCUGUAGCCACAGCCAUGCCUGCUGUGAACCCAUGCACAUGGCACACUACAUACAGGUCAGCAGCUUCAAGGUAAACAGGUAGUCCCUGGAGGGGUAGAGCCACACACGCUGUUACACGAGCCAUGUGAACCUGUUCUGCUUCUGGACAAAGCACGGUUUGCUGGAGUGGACAUCCAUGUCCCUGAGAAGGGUGGUGAUCACGUGUCCCAGCUUUAGGCUGCCCACCAGUCUGUCUCCAGAGCCAGCUCGUGUUACCAGGAAUGUAUUGAUGAGACAUCCUCAACCAGUGUGACUGGACACCACUGGUAGCUGACUCCCAUCACUGUGAAUCCAAAACAUUCAGAGGCUUCUACUUACUUCCAAAAGUGCUACUGAUAAGCCCAUCACAAGGACCAGGAUUCACCGUUAUAAUAAACAAUGGGAUUCUAAGGUUUCAACAAAUUAUAAUAAAAUAUUAUUUUUACUUAACCAAAUUUAGCAUUAUUGUUACUGCAUUUUCAGCAGUGGAAGAAUGAGAUCCAAACACACUAGUGAGUGUCCCAAAGUCACAAGCAGGCAUCUCUGAGUAUUUAUCUUUUCUUCGUCAAGAAUUAAAAUCCACCGAGUCAGAGUUUGGAGAUCAGAAACAGCUUCUCUAACUUGCAACCCUGCAGACGCUGUUCUCCUGUCUUCUUAAGAGACAUUCACCCUACUUAAAACCUAAUUAAUUAGGAAUUUAUUACCCCCGAAUAGCUUUUAGGCUGUCUAUGAUAUUAAAAGGGGAUAAGGGUAGGUAGAAAUAGGGUGGGGCAGGGAGAAAGGAAGGAAGGAUGAAAACAAGCACACUCUACAUAGAGAACCAAAAUUCGUUUUCCUGUGCAUUUAUUCAUAAUACGUGAGUACAUGCCAUAAAGAAAGUAAAUAGAAUGUUAUGGGAGCAGCAGUAUUUGAUAUCCCUGUGCUUUAAAUCAGAUAGACGAGAGUUUUAAUAUUUUCUUGGCUAUUUGUGGAUUGUGUAACUUGAAUCUCAUAACUCUCUGAACUCCAAGGUCAUCAUCUAUGAAGGAAAGAUAUAGUAAUACCUCAGUGGUUUUAGGAACUUUGGAUAAAUUAAGAUGGAUCAUUAAGGGGUGGUCAUUGUGGUGUAGCAAGUAAAGCCACCUCCUACAAUGCCAGCAUCCCAUGUGAGCACCUGCAUGCAUGUGUGAGACCCAGCAGAAGCUCCUGGCUCCUGGCUUCGGACCGGCCUAGCUCCAGCCGUUGUGGCCAUUUGGGUAGUGAACCAGCAGAUGAAAGACCUCUCUAUCUGUCUCUACCUCUCUGUGUAACUCCACCUUUCAAAUAAAUAAACCUUAAAAAAAAAAAAAGAACAAGUGUUUCUAAGUGUAUGGAUUAUAAAGUACAUGAAGGGAUACAGCAUAAUGUGAGUGAAGCUGGGAAGGUUGUGACAUACGCACCUUAGCAAAAAAUAAAGUCCUUCUCCCAUAUUGCAGCACUCAGGGAGACGCAAGAUGAAACAAAGAUUUGUCAAGAAUUGCAAUGGAUGUUAUUGAUAGCUUGAAAAAAAUGUGUUAAUCAUAUAGUUAUUGCCUUCUAGACAACUUAAAAAUGCAAGAAUGUGUCCAAGGGAAGGAAAUAGCUGCCUUCCUAUUUAAAAGAGGACAAGAUGAAGAAAGAGUAAAAUUAAACCUUGCUGAAGUCCUGAAUUAACACAAAUAGGUAGAGAUCAAAAAGGUGAAAUUUCUAGCUCACAUGGGAAAUAAUAUUUCUUAACAGAUAAGCUGCCCAACAGUGGAAUGGAAAGCCAUGAGAUGAGUGACACAUCUGAGUUGUAGGAUGUGUGUAUGCCGAGGGUAGAUGAUUGUCAAGGAUGCUAGAGAAAAGGCGUCUGCUCUGUGGGCUAGGAAAACCAGCAUGCCUCCCAAGACCCUCAGCCCUGUGACUCUGUGCCUAGCCAGUGCUCUUGCUGUCAUCUUGGGGUAAACCUGCAUCCGGUUUUGCCCCACAAGAGCCAUUCCAUAAACAAAUGGCUUCAGAAUCUGUUUCUGGAGUCAGCAGUUUCAGCUGAGACCUUCCCCAGAGACUUCUCGUCAGUCCCUCUGAGCGUAGUCAGAUGGUCUGCAUCCACAGGAAGUCUCUGAUGCCGGCCCCUGGACCUCAAGGCUGUCCUCCUCUGAACCAGAGCCUCCAGACACCGUGAGGCAGGGCCCGCCAGCCCCUUGCUCACCUGGUAACCGUAGAAUUCUUUCCUUCUCUUCCUCUUAACCAAAACCUGCAGCUGCUUCCACUGAAGAUGUUUUCCACAAGACCAAGAAGGUGAUGGAGGGAGAGGGAUGGGAAUGUUGUCCGUAUCUUCCGGCCGUUACUGUUCCCUUCUUGUGUAAAACCACCAUCCUGCCUUUGAGGCUGUUUAUUCCACUGCCACACCUGUGCACGUCCAUGGGGAACUCAGAGUUUGCAGCCUUGCCAAAGGUUUCCACUCUUGUAAACGGUACUGCUCUCGUCUCAUCCCUGUCCCCCUGGCCUGACUGCUUACUAUUUUGUGUGUUCCUUUGUGCUUCUGGUCAUUUGCACAGGCAGUUUCCUCUCUGUGAAAUACUGUUUCCCUCCCCAUGCCCCUACUAAAAUCCAGCUUGUACUGUGUUAGUCCAUAUGGGUCAUUACUUCAUUUCCAAACGUCCUAUCUCUCCGUGAGACUUGUUAGCUGUCCCUUCUCUGUGCUCUUGUGUUUUCUUCUAACCGGCUGCUUAGUAUUUUUAAUACAAGUAUGUUUCAGAUUUCUAAAUGUCUUCUCCAUUAUUUUAGGAUUACUUUGCAGGAACUGCCUCUUUUUUAUCUUUGUGAUUUCAGCCCAUGGCCGGCACACAGAGGUGCUGAGUAGCAUCCAGUAGGCUGAUUGAACGCAGAGUGAGUGUGUGGUCUUUUCUGCACCUAUACCAGACUGCAGGGCGAGCAGGAGGGAGUAGAUGUGGUGUUGUUACCAUAGCUGGUUUAUCCAAAUCCUGUUGGAAACAUAUAUUCAUACCGGAUGAAAACAUACAGAUGAACUUGGGUUCAGAAUAGGUUUGCCUCCUUUUUUUUUUUUUAAUGUUCUCUGCCUGUUAAUCCUGCCACCAUCAUCCCACUUUGGUUUUUCUGUCAAUUUUCCAAUCCCCUUACUUCAGUCUAGUCCCGACCCCCACCCCCCCAUACACAUCUCUUACUUCCAAAUGCCAUAUAUCUUAUGUGUCUUGGGUGUUUUCUUUUUGAUGUCUUUUUAUAUAUGCUUGAUUAUUGAGACCCGAAAUAUCCCCAUAUAGUCUUAACUGAGGAACUUACACAGAAAAACUAAUAAUGAAAUAGAAAAAGAAAGUACAACAUUAAGGGUUUCCUGUAAAACUCAGUAGUGUUCUUAGGAGUGGCUGCUGCGGGGAGAAGAAGCUAACUAAUUUAUAAGAUACUUACAACUCAAAGACUGUGGGGAGUUCUACAUACACUAUUUGAAUUAAUCCACCCAACAGCUCUGUGAAGCAGGUGGUGUUAUAUGUUCUCUGCUGACAAGGAACCAGGGACUAUGGUGGGGGAGUGAGUGAUUCGCCUUUGUUCAAACAGGUAGUAACCAGCAAACCUACACUUCCAACCCCAGGCCCUUUCACUUUCUUUGCUCCUUCUCCUUUACCAUUUCGUGUAUUUUGUUUUAUUUUUAUUUAUUUGAAAGGAAAAGAAAGAGAAAGGGCGGGAGAAAUCAAUCUUCCAUCGGCUGGUUUACUUUCCAGAUGCCCACAACAGCCAGGGCUGCAGGCCAAAGCCAGGAGCCUGCAACUCAUCCAACUCUCCCAUUUGGGUUGCAGGGAUCCAAGUACCUGAGCUAUCAUCUGCUGCCUCCCAGGGUACACAUUAGCCGGAAGCUGGAUCAGAAGCAGAGUAGCCAGGAGUCAAAUCAGCCUCUGAUGUGGGAUAUGGGCAGCUUAACCUGUGCACGAUGCCUGUCCCAAGAAAGCUUUUUUUUCUACAGGAAUCUAUCCAUAAAUGAAAUGAGAAACAUGAACUUCACCCCUGCAAUUUGUAAUCCAAUUUCCAAAAAUAGUUCAUUAGCAACCAUGCACCUGGCAUGAUGUUAGGUCUGCACAUUAAAAAUACGUAAAAUUCUCUGCCAUUAAAGCAUUUAUAGUCUGGUUGUAGGUCUGGUGUAAGGAUCACGUAAGGAUCUCUCAGUGCCUCAGUUUCUUCAUCUGUAAUAUAAGGAUAGUAACAGUACCUGCCUUGUUAGUGUUCUUAUGAUGAUUGAAUAAGUUAAAAUUUAUGAAGUACUUAAAACAGGGCCUAGCAAAUAGAAAAUGCUUUUGAGAUGUUUUUACCAGAGCAAAACUGGACUUUGGAAUCAGUUUUCUAAAGUUAUAAAAAAGUCAUAUGACCAAAGUUUUUUUUUUUUUCCCAUCCUGAACCAGUUAUUCAGGUGUAUCUCAGUUGUCCAGCCUGUCUUCCAUAAACUUGAACAUCAAGAUUCAGCUGUGACACUGACAAAAAUGUUCUGGAAUAUUUUAGAGACUCAUACUCUAUGUAUCAUAAGAACUCAAAUUCCCAAAAGGAAGUAAAGUCAGGGAUGCUUCUUCAGUUUCACUAACCCUUUUCCUCUAAGCGGAACAUUAGCCACUGGGGAGUAGGUCCCAGCAUGUGUCAAAUGCCCCACCUCUUUCUUCCUAACUAAAACCUCUGUGCUCUUGUUCAGAGCUAUUUGCAUUGUGCCUCACAUGUAGCAGAUCCAUAGAAAUGCUUAUUAGAAGUGUUGAGCGACAUUCUAGAAUGUUCUCCCCCAAUCUUCUCUGUGUCUAUGUACUGCCUGCCCAAACAGGAUCUGCUCAGGCCAUGUUUCCUGUGAGCGCACCCCUGGUAUCUUCAGGUGAAAAGUAGAAGUACUCUUUUCCACCUGUAUUGGCUUUCUGUUGCUUUGUAACAAAUUACCACAAAUUCAGCAGCUUAACCACUACUCAUUUUGAUGUCACAGUUCUAUAGGUCAGAAUCCUGGAUGGGCUCAGCUGGUUUCUCUGCUCAGGGUCUCACGAGGCCAAAAUCAAGGUGUUGUUUGGAGUUGGCUCUUCUCUGGAGGCUCCUGGGAAUGACCCACUUCGGAGCUCAUUUAAAUUGUUGGCAGAGUCCACUUCCUUGCAGGUUCCCAUUUCCUCUCUGGCUCUCAGCCAGGGGCCGCUCUUUGCUCCUUCUAGAAGCCACCUGCCCUUCGUCUUUCAUGGCCACUGCACCUUCAGACCAGCAAUGUCAUGUGAUGCCCUUCCCAUUUCCUUCUGCCGCAAGCCAGAGAAAACUGUCUGCUUUUGAAGGCUUGUGUGAUUAGAAUAGGCCCGCUCAGGUAAUCUCCAUUUGCUAUAAACAUCAAAUAUCAGAGGAGUGAUACCAGGGGGUGAAAGUGACUGGGGCUGGUUUAAAAUUCUGCUUACUCCCCCACCCUUCAAACUCCUGUAGAAGGGGUUGCUUUCCUUGCAAGUUCACUAAGUUAUCCCUUCAUUAAGAGGUAAGCCUCUGGCGGUACCCAUCACACCCUGUAAGUAGUAGGCAUUCCAUGCAUAUCUAAUGAGGUAAUUGCUUUUUGUUAAAGAGGUUAGGAGAUCAAGUCCUCAUCAAAAUUAGUUCAAAGCAAAUUCUUUUUUUUUUUUUUUUUUUUUUUUUUUGACAGGCAGAGUGGACAGUGAGAGAGAGAGAGACAGAGAGAAAGGUCUUCCUUUUGCCGUUGGUUCACCCUCCAAUGGCCACCUCGGCCAGCACGCUGCGGUCGGUGCACCGCGCGGAUCCAAUGGCAGGAGCCAGGUACUUCUCCUGGUCUCCCAUGGGGUGCAGGGCCCAAGCACUUGGGCCAUCCUCCAGUGCACUCCCCUGGCCACAG